AUGCCUGGAAUCAGUACUCAAUACGGCCCGGAGGUCCAGUAUGUCAGCAAUACUACACCCCUGGAGGAUAUUAUCUACCUAUUGAAGCGUGAUGGUGCGGUGUUUGUAAGAAACUUGAUAUCCCCAGAGGAUGUCGACAAAGCGCAUGAAGAUAUCAAGGAUCGACUGGAAAAUGAUGAAGAAUGGGACGGAAACUUCUUUCCAAAGGAAACAAAGCGCGCUCCAUCCAUGAUCGCCAGAAGCCCAACUUUCACCAAGACACAGGUCAUGAAUCCCUUGUUCCAGGCGGUUUGCGACCACUUUUUAACCACCAGAAGCUGGUUUUGGUGGGGAGAAAAUAGGAAGGAAUCUGUCUCCAAGCCCCAAGUCACUUCCACCACGGCAAUGAAAAUCGGACCUGGAGGAAAAGCCCAACCCCUCCAUCGCGAUGACUACAUCAACCACAACUACCACACUGAAGUCAGCGAAUGGGACGAUGAGCGUGAUGCCAAUCGAGAAACCGCCAUCGGACUCAUGGUUGCAGGAUGCAAGGUGACGAAAGAGAAUGGAGGAACGCAAUUUAUUCCACGCAGUCAUCUUUGGGGAACCGACCGAAAGACUCCGCCUAGCACAAGCGACUGUGUCUUCGCAGAGAUGGAAAAAGGUGAUGCACUGAUCAUAUUCUCCUCGGUGUAUCAUGGUGGUGGCAAUAACACUACUACCGAUGAGCAUCGUCUCAUGUUCUCAACGUUUGCAAUCCGCGGUUACCUGAGGCAAGAGGAAAACCAGUACCUUGCCGUUCCUGCCGAUAAAGUGAAACAGUAUGAUCGGGCAACUCAAAAGUUCAUUGGCUAUGCCAUAAGUGAUCCAGCUUGUGGAUACGUGGAGGAGUUAGAUCCUAUAUACACCUUGUAUCCGGAGGAAUUGAAAAACGUCAAACCAACUGACUUUUGA